AUGUGGGUGACCUUGAUGAACCUCCUGAAGGCCUGCUGGCGGCCGCCGUCGCUGGAACUCUAUGCCGGCUCCGACGGGGUCGGCCGGCAGGACGGCCUGCUCUGGUACAAGGACGUCGGCCAGCACAUGACUGGUGAGUUCUCCAUGGCCGUGGUUCAGGCGAACAACCUGCUCGAGGACCAGAGCCAGAUAGAAUCCGGGCCCCUGAGCUCCAUGGAUUCCGGCCCCUGUGGGACAUUCGUCGGCGUCUACGACGGCCAUGGCGGACCUGAGACUUCCCGAUACAUCAACGAGCACCUCUUCAAUCACCUGAAGAGUAAGAACCCUCUCGACUCCGAAUCCCUCUGCAUUUUCUGCAGUCGGAAAGUAAGAAUCGACCUUCAAAAGCUACCUGUGUCUGUUCACAAGCGCUGACAAUUCCGUGGGUCGUUGACUCUUGGGUGUCUCCAUCAAAAAAAAUUCUUGUUUUGGAGCCUGACCCUUAAUCUCGGAUUAUAUCCCCGUUCUCUUGGCCCUCAUCUACCAAAAAUAUCACGCAGCCUUGCCAUGAUCGCUGUAUUUUCUGAUGUGCAGGGGUUUUUAUGUGUCAAGUCCCUAAAAAUCUCUGUUCUAUGAGCAUGUUCUUCCGAAUAAUCUGCCCUCUAUUAGAUUUAUUCCAAAAUUAUUUUCUCCUAAUUUUCUUUUCUUGACCCAUCCAGUUUCGGAAUUUCUGCUUGAUGAACAGAACAGACUUCUGCGCAUGCUGUUUGAUUCUUUCUUGGAUUUAUUACGCCAUUUUUUGCCCUGUAUCUACCAAAUAUCUCACAUUUUCCUCCCCGUAACCCUGCAUUUUGCGGCGGGCAGGAUUCGCCUCAGAGCAGCAGUCCAUGUCUGUGGACGUGAUCAGGAAGGCGUUUCAGGCGACAGAGGAGGGCUUCCACUCUGUGGUGGCCAAGCAGUGGCUCAUCAAGCCCCAGAUCGCCGCAGUCGGCUCCUGCUGCCUGGUGGGCAUCGUCUGCGGCCGGAAUCUCUACGUCGGCAACGCCGGCGACUCGCGGGUGGUCCUCGGCAGGCUCGUCAAGUCCACAGCGGCAGUCCUCGCCGUCCAGCUCUCCGUGGAGCACAAUGCCGCCAUCGAGUCGGUGCGGAAGGAGCUGCGCUCGUUGCACCCCGAUGAUCCUCAGAUUGUGGUCUUGAAGCAUAAUGUCUGGCGCGUGAAGGGCCUCAUUCAGGUAUGAUUGAUUCAUUCUCUUGGAUUGCUGCGGGCUUUGAUCUCCCUGAUCUUCGCUGAUUUCCGGGGUUUUGAUUCUCGUGGUGAAGGAAAUUAAGUUACUUUUAAUGGAAAAAGUAUGCGCUGUUCUUCAGUUCUUCAGUAUCCUCUCUCUCUCUCUCUCUCUCUCUCUCUCUCUCUCUCUCUCUCUCUCUUUCUCUGCCAAUCUCUGUAAUAUCUUGUUCUUAGGGUUCUGGUUCCUUUAUGCUCUUGAAGGUAUCUCGAUCGAUCGGGGACGUGUACCUGAAGAAGGCGGAGUUCAACAGAGAGCCGCUCUACGCCAAGUUCCGCCUCCGGGAGCCCCUCCGGCGGCCGAUCCUCAGUGCCGAGCCAGCAAUCUCUGUCCAUCCCCUACAGCCGGCCGACCUCUUCCUCAUCUUCGCCUCCGAUGGGCUCUGGGAGCACCUCUCCAACCAGGAGGCCGUCGAUCUCGUCCACUCCCACCCCCGCAGCGUGAGCUCUCUGUCUCUGUCUGUCUGUCUCUCUCUCUCUCGCUCUCCUCGCCGUGGCUGACGGGUUGGAAGGCAAUGGAUCCGCAGGGAAGCGCGAGGAGGCUGGUGAGGGCGGCCCUCCAGGAGGCGGCGAGGAAGAGGGAGAUGAGGUACUCGGAUCUGAAGAAGAUCGACCGGGGGAUCCGCCGGCACUUCCACGACGACAUCACCGUCAUCGUCGUCUACCUCGACUCCGGCAUGGUGAGCCGUGCGGCCUCCUCUGGCCGGGGCCCCGCGCUGUCCCUCAGGGGCGGCGGGGUGAACCUGCCGGUCAACUCGCUCGCGCCAUGA